AUGGGGUCACCAGGGGUCACGGACACGGAUAUACCUGGGGACGAGGUUCCUCGGCACAUCAGAAGUGCGGAUGAUUUGAUGUGUCACGUGAAUGACGUGUGGCACAGCUGCAGCCGCCUGGCCAAUCAGAACGUCGAGCUGCAACUCCGCCUGGAACUAGCCGAAGUGACCCGGGAACGAGAUCGCAGGAAAGAGAAAAUGGCGACGUUACAUGCAGAUGAGUUUCCAGGGAAGAUUGUCCUCUGGCGGAAACUGAUGAGACUGCAGGCUGAGCUGGACGAGACCAAGUCAAGAUGUGGAGACCUAGAGAGGCGGAAAAAUUUCCUGGAACUGAACGUUGAUGAUCUGGAAAGAAUGGUGACUAAGCUACAGUAUGAUAACGAUAGAGGGUAA